UGAAUAUCGUUUCAAAACAAAUUCUUUUUUUUUUUUUUAAUUAUUUUUGACCGACUUUUACGAAAUUCUUAAAUUAUUACAUACUCUACUGAUUUGCCUUGACAUUAUAAGCUAAGAAACGUUACGAUCACAAGUUCACAACCCAGUCCCAGUGUCUCUGUCCUACUCUCUUGUUGCACCAUAUCUUGAUAAAUUUCAUUUCAUCACAAUACGCAUUCCGGCGACCCAGGCCAGAUUCCGGUGAGUUUUUCCAUCCGCCGCCGGCCCAUUUGGUUUUUGUAGCCGUUGUUUGGCUCAUGAGGGAAAUGGAGUGAAAGCACUGCAUAAAAAUCCAAUCUUGGCUAUUAGUCUUUUUUGUUUUGAACCAUUGAACUCCAAAUGCGAAUCUGGUGAAACUGGGUUUAGGAAAAAUGGGUUCUUGUCUCAGUGUUGAAGGAGAAGAACAUCAGCAAAUAGAGAACAAUUCUUUUUGUGGAAAACCCGGUAUCUAUGCGGAUUCCAAAUCUCCGGUGAAAUCGAGCUCUGUGAGUUCAAACACUUUUGUGAUAAUCCCCAGAAAUGUAAAGGAUCUACGUCUAAGUCCUGGGAGUGGUGAUCUUGAUAUCUUCACAUAUGAGGAGAUGAAGCUGGCCACAAAGCAUUUCCGGCCAGAUCAGGUUCUCGGUGAGGGUGGAUUUGGUAUGGUCUACAAAGGAAUUAUAGACGAGAGCGUGAGGCCUGGUUACAAGACGACUCAGAUUGCCGUUAAAGUGCUUGAUCCUGAGAGUGUACAGGGGGACCGAGAAUGGCUGGCAGAAGUCAACUAUUUAGGCCAACUCCGACAUCCUAAUUUGGUGAAACUUAUUGGCUACAGCUGCGAGGAUGACCAUAGGCUUUUGGUCUAUGAAUAUAUGGCAUCUGGGAGCCUCGAGAAACACCUUUUCUUUAGGGUACGAGCCACGUUAACAUGGCAUAGAAGACUAAAGAUUGCUUUGGAUACUGCGAGAGGGCUUGCUUUUCUUCAUGGUGUUGAAAAACCUAUCAUUUACAGGGAUUUUAAGACUUCAAACAUUUUGCUAGAUGAGGAUUUCAACGCAAAGCUUUCUGAUUUUGGGCUGGCAAGGGUUGGGCCAACGGGAGAUCAAACUCAUGUCUCAACCCGGGUUAUGGGCACCUAUGGUUACGCUGCUCCUGAGUAUGUCAUGACUGGACAUUUGACAGCAAGAAGCGAUGUCUAUGGGUUUGGAGUUGUUCUGCUUGAGAUGCUUAUAGGAAGACGUGCGAUGGACAAGAGCAGGCCAAGCCGAGAGCAUAAUCUUGUGGAGUGGGCACGUCCACUCCUCAACCAUAGCAAGAAGCUUUCGAGAAUACUGGAUCCUAGAAUCGAGGGGCAGUACUCCACCAAGAUUCUUAUGAAAGUGGCCAAUCUGGCAUUUCAAUGUCUCAGUCAGAACCCAAAAGGAAGACCCCUCAUGAGUCAAGUCAUUGAGAUACUCGAACCCCUCGUCACACAAGAAUUCAGCCCAAUAGAAAGUAGUGGUAGUAUAACCCUUUACGAAGUCUCAAAAAAUGCGCCUCAGGAUCCCAACAGAGGGUUAAGAAACCAACUCAGAAGUCAGAGCGAAAGAGAAGACGCGCCCUAUAAAGAAUCAACAACCUAAUGAGCCUUCAAAGGAGUAAAGCCUCUGUUGCCUCUUCUCUAAGAUUUGAUUGUUGAAACCUGCAGUUAAGAAAGUGUAUGCAAACAGGUUCUUUUUUUGAAGAUUAAGUCUGUACCAUUCUGUCCUAAUUUUUCACAAGUCAUAAACAUUGUAGCUCUUCUUAUCAAUGGAAAAGUAAGCAAGUGUUUAUGUAUCCAAGAAAA